AAAAAAUAUUGUGUCAUGACUAAAUUGCCCCUGCACGAUCCACAAACACCUCCUCCUACAUCUUGUAUUUAAGUUCAUUCAACGAUUCUCAAUGCCAUUACUGAGCCACGGAGAUACCCUCUUUCAUCCUUCUUUUCACACCCUUUUUGCCCUUUAUUCUUGAAAAGCUUAGAAUAACGCUUCAGAAUCUGAGAGAAAUAAAGGGUCUAAAUUCUGUGUGGUUGUUGUUGGAGGUUGGAACACAAGUCACAGACAAAGUGUUAAUCUUAAAAUUCACAAACAAGUGGUUUUUCUUUUUCUUUUUUUUUUUGGAAUAUUGUAUGACCAAAUUAUUUAGUAUUUUAGGACUGGAUAUUUUGCUUCUGUUGGCAUCCUUUCUUUUUUCAUUUUGGUUCUCAUCUUUUGUGUUCUUCUUCGUCUCUCAUCUGUCUCUGGAUUUCCCUUUAUUUGUUCCUGGAGACGCCAGGAACCUAACCCAACAACCCCUUGUCUAAAAGGCUUCAUCUUUGUGUUCAAUGGCAACUUGGGUUUUAUCAGAAUGUGGCUUAAAGCCUCUUGCUCCAAUAUUUCCUAGACCUAGAACUGGGGUUGUUUUGUCCUCGAAGGUUGGAUUUUUGAACACAAACAAGGGAGUGGCAAAUCGUAAGUUUCAGCCCAGAACCUGUUUGAGUUAUGGCUUUAGAGAGAGAAAUUGGGGGUUGCAAGUGAGUGCCCCUUUGAGGGUUGCGUCCAUUGAAGAGGAGCAAAAGAGUGCUGGUGUGUUCAAUGGUGCUAAUGGUGUUCAACAUGAAGAGGAAGUUCCAGAAUUUGACCCUGGUGCUCCUCCACCUUUCAACUUGGCUGAUAUUAGAGCAGCUAUUCCAAAGCAUUGCUGGGUGAAGGACCCUUGGAAGUCAAUGAGUUAUGUAGUGAGGGAUGUUAUUGCUGUUUUUGGGUUGGCUGCUGCUGCUGCUUAUCUCAACAAUUGGUUGGUUUGGCCUUUGUAUUGGGCUGCUCAAGGGACAAUGUUUUGGGCUCUGUUUGUUCUUGGUCAUGAUUGUGGUCAUGGGAGCUUUUCUAACAACCAUAAGUUGAACAGUGUUGUUGGGCAUUUGCUACAUUCUUCAAUUCUAGUACCAUAUCAUGGAUGGAGAAUCAGCCAUAGGACUCAUCACCAAAAUCAUGGCCAUGUUGAAAAUGAUGAAUCUUGGCACCCGUUGCCUGAAAAAUUAUUCAGGAGCUUGGACAGUGUAACACGUAUGUUAAGAUUUACAGUGCCUUUUCCACUGCUUGCAUAUCCUGUGUACCUUUGGGGCAGGAGUCCUGGGAAGACUGGUUCUCACUUUGACCCAAGCAGUGACUUGUUUGUUCCCAAUGAAAGGAAAGAUAUUAUUACUUCCACAGCUUCUUGGGCUGCUAUGGUGGCAUUGCUUGUUGGAUUAGGAUUUGUAAUGGGUCCAAUUCAAUUGCUUAAACUUUAUGGUGUUCCCUACAUGGUAUUCGUUAUGUGGUUGGAUUUGGUGACUUAUUUGCACCACCAUGGGCACGAAGACAAAUUACCUUGGUACCGUGGAAAGGAAUGGAGCUACCUAAGGGGUGGUCUAACUACUCUUGAUCGCGAUUAUGGAUGGAUUAAUAACAUUCAUCAUGACAUUGGAACUCAUGUCAUUCAUCACCUUUUUCCUCAAAUUCCACACUAUCACUUAGUUGAAGCUACUGAAGCAGCUAAGCAAGUGUUUGGAAAAUAUUAUAGAGAACCAAAAAAAUCAGCUCCUCUUCCUUUUCACCUUAUAGGGGAGUUAACUAGGAGCUUGCAAAAAGACCAUUUCGUUAGUGACACUGGGGAUGUUGUGUACUACCAAACAGACCCUAAGCUUAAUGGUUCAUCCAAAUCAGACUAAAGAUUACAAAUUUUUUCUUGAAGACAAGAGAAAUUUCCAUACAAUACUUAUUGCUGUAAAGAUUGUCUUGAGUUUCUCCUCAAGCUACUAAACUUACUAUAGUUGAACCUUUCUUUAGUAUAUUGGUGGAUCCUAAUUAGAAUUUAUUUGUAACUGCACGAUAGAAUGUUUUCGUUAUAUGUAGUUUGUUAUCCUUCUUGGAAAGUUAAUUCUCUGUAAAUUGAUUAUAUUUCAUGAAGAAGUAAUAAUACCUUGAAUAUUGAUCAAAUUAACGAUGUAUCUGAUCAAAUUCAAAGGCCUUGGUUAAAUGAUAAUUUACCGUAGAUUUUUCUUUUAGUAGUAACAAGUAACUCUUUUCUUCCCUU